UGCUCACUAGACAGGCGUCACUAGUCCACAACUUCAUUUCAUUCAUAAAACAAAAUAUCGAGGUCAGUCGCCGGCUACUCGCUUUCUUGAUAUAACGUGUCUUGUUGUGUUUUUGUUACCAAAAGAACAUGAAAUAAUGCUAACAUAACCAGGAUGGCAGAAAAACAAGGAAUACGUUUCGAAGAAGCAGAAAGAAGGAAGGCGGUGAUACUAGGAAGCUUAGGAUGCAUAUUCGGUGGCCUGGGAUGGAUUACCAGGGAUUCAGCAAUCGCAGUUGGUACUUUGGCCCUGGCAGCAACGUAUCUGAUGACGGGGGAUCGGUACCAGUGGAUCUAUAUCUGGUUGAAGACAUACAAAAGGGAUUGGCUAGGUUUCAGGGUCCUGCUAAAGACGAUACUAAGGAUAAGACUGUGGGAACAGACCAGCACCACGGUGGUGAGCCGGUGGGCAGAAGUAGUCAAAAUGUACCCUAAUAAAAAAGCGUUUGUCAUGGCAGAUCGAGCCAUGACUUUUAGAGAGGGUGAAGAGUUCAGCAACAGGAUAGCUUGGUACUUCAAGCGCCAAGGUUUCAAGAGUGGAGAGGUCAUUGCACUCUUCAUGGAAACACAACCAGAAUACGUCUUCGUAUGGAUUGGCCUUGCCAAGUUGAGGGUGACCACAGCAUUGGUCAAUACAAAUUUGAGGGGACCCCAGUUGAUACACUGCCUGAGGAUUGCUGGAUGCAAAGCCGUUGUAUUCGGAGACGAGAUGGUGGAUGCAAUUAAGGAGAUCCAGGCAGAGAUUCGUGACCUACCGCUCUUCCAAUUCAACUCGCCUGAGCGAGAUGUCACAAUAGUUCUACAGGAUACUGCUCCAUUAGCAUCAGAACUGAAAGAGGUUCCUCCGGAGCCCUUUCUGGAUACAGUCCAGGCCAAACCGAGGGAUACGCUUAUGUAUAUUUACACUAGCGGCACUACAGGAUUCCCUAAAGCUGCAGUUAUUACAAAUAUCAGGUUUCUUCUCAUACCACUAGGAGUACAUAACUCCGCGCAGCUGUCAUCCUCUGACGUCAUCUACGACCCGCUCCCACUGCACCAUACCGCUGGAGGGGUGCUCGGCGCUGGCCAAGCCGUGGUUCUAGGUUGCACCGUGGUUCUGAGAAAGAAGUUCUCCGCUUCGAAUUAUUGGAGUGAUGCGGCUAAGCAUGGGUGUACCGUAGCCCAGUACAUAGGUGAGAUCUGCCGCUACCUCCUCGCCGUGCCUCCUGGUCCCAACGACCGCGCCCACAAAGUGCGCGUCAUGGCCGGCAAUGGACUAAGACCGCAGAUAUGGGAGGAGUUCGUCAGAAGGUUCGACAUACAACGCGUGCUGGAGUUCUAUGGUGCUACGGAGGGGAAUAGUAAUCUUGUGAAUCUGGAUUCUAAGGUCGGUGCCAUAGGCUUUCUGAGCCGACUGGUCUCCUCAAUAUACCCUCUAACUCUCGUCAAAUGUGAUCAAAUUACUGGCGAAAUACUGAGAGAUAGUAACGGGAAAUGCAUAAGUUGUGGACCUCAUGAACCAGGCGUGCUGUUAGGCAAGAUAGAUCCGAAGAAAGCAAUCCUAACGUUCUCCGGGUACGCAGACAAAACGGCUUCGGAGAAGAAAAUGGUGAGGAAUGUGAAAGUUGACGGUGAUUGCUACUUCAACACCGGCGAUAUACUCGUCAUGGACCACUACGGGUACUUCUACUUCAAAGACCGCACUGGAGACACUUUUCGAUGGCGAGGAGAAAAUGUAUCAACAGCUGAAGUGGAAGGUGUUAUCAGCUCCUUGGUUGGAUUGAAAGACGCUGUUGUUUAUGGUGUUGCUAUACCAAAUUUUGAAGGAAAAGCUGGCAUGGCAGCGAUCGCUGAUCCAGAAAGAAAAUUUGACCUUAUUGUCUUGGCUAAGGGUUUAAAAUCGUCCCUGCCAACGUACGCUCGGCCUUUAUUCAUAAGGGUUCUGCCAGAACCACCUCUCACUGCCACAUUUAAAUUAAAAAAGAAAGAAUUGAUGGAACAAGGCUAUAAUCCAAGUGCACACAACGAUCCUAUGUAUUUUUUGGAUCAAAAAUCGGGAGAGUAUGUUCCGUUCACGCAGAAAAUGUACGAUGAUUUGAUGCAAGGAAUGAUCAGGCUGUGAUUGUAGUAGUAGUAACAUAUUAGAAUAAACCGCAGACAAAGAAAACUUAAGAAACCGCAGACAAAGCAAACUACAAAAACAAAAUAAAUUUUAGCUUAAUUUAAUUAAAUUAAGCUAAAAUUUAUUUUGUCUCUUUUCUCAUGGAAAAUAUUAAGUGCGACAGUGACAGAACAUAUUUUAGUUUUAUGAUUUAACUUUCUUAUGAAUAACCAAAAAGCGUCGAGAUUUAUUACAAGGUAGUUUUGUCUUUUACAAGAAGAAAUAGACAGAGUGUAUCAAAGAAAGUAUCAAUGGAUAUGGCGAAUGACAGAACGAAAUUGAAGGAACAUACAUACUGUGCCGACCCCACAUAAGUGGGAUAACAUUAAGAAGAAGUGUUGUCUUUUAAGCCGUCUUGCAUUCAUUGGUUCACAUACAGAUAUAGGGGGUAUUGGUAUGAGCUUUAAUACGAUCAUUGUAAGAUUCUGCUUUGUGUUCUAUUACCUCCUUAACAGUUUUGAUAUCAGUGUACUAAUGUAAUUCACUGAAUCGGAUAAAUAGUGCAUUCGUUGCCAUUUUAGUGCUUUGUUUUGAAACGUCAUAUUCUAAAUUAAAUUAUAUGUUUCACGUUUCUUCUCAUGUAUUUUCUCGUGUGUUUCCCUUUCUUGUGUGAGCGAAACGAUAGAUAUUACGAAGUCUUCAGUUUUCUCUGUCAACGGAAUAAACUGAAUAUUAUUUAAUAAGUUUGAGGAUAGAUUCUUUUGUUGCUCAAAAUUUAAAUGUUAUAGUUCUGGAAAACUAUUAUACUCCAGUAUUUUAAGCGGUUGAAACUAGUUAAGUUAUGAAAAAUUAACUGGAGUUUGGUGAAAUACUAUCACAAUGUCUUAAGGUUAAUUAAAAUCAUUUACUCAGAAACUAGACCUCCAUAGGCACUUUUAUACAUCACAUUUCAAAUUUAUAAAAUGAUCUAAAAACUACAACUUAAUAGAAUUUUGGAACAACUGCUGAGAAGAUAUAUUAGAAUACCGAGAGAAUCUCAUGAAUGUGGCUACAAUUCACACAAAAUAAUGUUUGCUGGAGAUUAGUUUCAGAGGUUAACACUUUCAAACUAGCAACAGGCGUCCAUAGGCUGCGGUGACCACUUCCCAUCAGGUGGGCAGGAUGCCUGUUUGCUUGUUCAGUAUAAAAAACGCAAAAUCAUCAGUUUUAGGUACUAUUAUAUUAUUAGUUGAUGGUAGAAUAUGUAGAUCAAUAAAUGUAAUCAUACAUUUCUCGAUACAUCAUUAUUAAUUGUAAUGUUUGUAUGAACAACCAUUUGGUACUUCAUCUUGAAUAUUGUGUUAAAAUAUGUAAAAAAAACGUCAAAAAACAAGGUUAUUUAAUUAAUCUUAAUCCUCGGAAUUGUGAUAUAUAUAUAUAUAUAAUCAGUGUUAUUUAUUUAAGUGUACACAUAUUUUGGUAAAUAAAAAUGUUUAUUCUCUAUUUGAUUGAUGAUUCAA